AUGAUCCUGCACGGUGGUUUGUAUGACAGUGCUCAGCCCUGUAGCUGUGCCGUCUCAGAAAUGGCAUGGCAGUUCAGUGUCCAGGACCCCGUGUCAUCCCAGGAGCAACCCUCUGAAAGAAGAGGCAGCAAUAAGCCACGGCCAUUUGUGUCCGGUGCGGCGGGUCCAGGCUCACGCCUCCGCGGGGAGCUCUCGCUCCUCCCGGCGCGGACACAGGCGGAGCAGCCGGUGCCUCCCCUUCCCACCUCCUCCGCCCGCCCCCCGCUCCUUUCCUCCCUCCCUCCCGCCGGAGCCGGCGGCAUCUGCGCGGCCGCAGGCGGCGGGCAGCCAGGCGGGAUGGCGGUGCGGAUGCUGCUGGCUCUCUGCGGGGUGCUUGCUGCCUGCCGGGCGGCGGAGCUGGCGGCGGGGGCAGGGGGUGCCAGCCGGCGGCGACGGCUGAGCUCCGAGGAGGGCAUCUCCUUCGAGUAUCACCGGUACUCCGAGCUGCGGGAGGCGCUGGUGGCCGUGUGGCUGCAGUGCCCGGCCAUCAGCAGAAUCUACACGGUGGGGCGCAGCACCGAAGGCCGGGAGCUCUUGGUCAUCGAGGUCUCUGACCGCCCCGGCGAGCAUGAGCCCGGAGAACCAGAAUUUAAAUAUGUUGGGAAUAUGCAUGGGAACGAAGCUGUUGGAAGGGAGUUGCUCAUCUUCUUGGCUCAGUACUUGUGUAAUGAAUACCAGAAAGGAAAUGAAACAAUUAUCAACUUGAUCCAUAGCACACGUAUCCAUAUCAUGCCAUCUUUGAACCCAGAUGGCUUUGAGAAGGCAGCAUCCCAGCCUGGUGAACUUAAAGACUGGUUUGUCGGUCGAAGUAACGCUCAAGGGAUAGAUUUAAACCGAAAUUUCCCUGAUCUUGAUAGAAUAGUCUAUGUGAAUGAGAAAGAAGGGGGCCCAAACAACCAUCUGCUGAAAAACUUGAAAAAAGCUGUUGACCAGAAUCCUAAGCUUGCUCCUGAAACGAAAAGUGUCAUUCACUGGAUUAUGGAUAUACCCUUUGUGCUGUCUGCCAAUCUUCAUGGGGGAGAUCUUGUUGCAAACUAUCCUUAUGAUGAGACUCGGAGUGGCAGUGCUCAUGAAUACAGCUCCUGCCCUGACGAUGCCAUUUUUCAAAGCCUGGCUCGCAGUUACUCCUCUUUUAAUCCUGCUAUGUCUGAUCCAAACAGACCACCAUGCCGUAAGAAUGAUGAUGACAGCAGCUUUGUGGAUGGAACAACUAAUGGUGGUGCAUGGUAUAGUGUCCCUGGAGGAAUGCAGGAUUUCAAUUAUCUCAGCAGCAACUGUUUUGAAAUCACAGUGGAGCUUAGCUGUGAAAAAUUCCCACCUGAAGAAACCCUGAAGGGCUACUGGGAGGACAACAAGAACUCCCUUAUCAAUUACAUCGAGCAGAUUCAUCGAGGAGUGAAGGGGUUUGUUAAAGAUCUUCAAGGCAAUCCAAUAGCAAAUGCUACAAUUUCUGUGGAAGGGAUAAGCCAUGACAUUACAUCAGCCAAGGAUGGUGAUUACUGGAGACUGCUUGUGCCUGGAAAUUAUAAACUUACAGCCUCAGCACCAGGCUAUCUAGCGAUAACUAAAAAAGUAGCUGUGCCCUUUAGCCCUGCGGUUGUGGUUGAUUUUAAACUGGAGUCAUUGUCUGAAAGAAAAGAAGAGGAAAAAGAAGAGUUGAUGGAAUGGUGGAAGAUGAUGUCAGAAACACUAAACUUUUAA